AUGGAGGUGAUGACACCAUCAGCGCAUGUGGAGUUCAACUUUGACAGUGCAAGCACUUCACCGUACAUAACUGCCCCUUCCAGCCCACAACGAUUUGGCACCUUAUAUUACAGUGCCCCCACCAGCCCAUCCCGUGUCUCCGCCCUCUACAGAGACAUCAACAACUACGGCGCAGCCGCAACUGGUGGUGAUGGUGAUACUACCAACGAUGAUGAUGCAGAUUUUGCUUUUGAUUUUCGUGGUCAAUUGGAGAAAAGUUCAUUAUCUGCUGAUGAACUGUUUGAUGGAGGGAAAAUCAAACCCCUAAAGCCCCCUCCACGCUUACAAUACAAAAACAAGCUUGCUGAUUCUCCCAAAUCCCCUAGAUCACCCAAGAAAUUAUUCUCCCCACGUCACAGGAAGAAAGAAUUUGAUUCAUUUGCAGCUGCUAUCGAGCAAACUCGGAACGAAAACAAUCAAGAAAACUCUCGAAGGACAAAAUCUUUGUCUCCGUUCAGAGUUUCCGACUUAUUAUUUGAUCCUGAUAACAAUCAAAUUCAAGAAGCAUCCAAGAAUUCUUGUGCAGUAUCUUCUUCUUCUUCUUCAAAUUCAUCCAUUUCUUCAGCUUCAUCUUGGUACAAAAAAUGGAAAAUAAAGGACUUGUUAUUAUUCAGAAGUGCAUCUGAAAGUAGGGCAACAGAGUUAAAGAAAUAUGAAGUGUUGAAGAAAAAUUGUCAUCAAGAUCAUGAUCACGUGGUCAAGAAUUGUAGCUUUAGAUCCACGGACAGUGUUGGAUCAGGGUCGAGUAGGAGAAGAUCAGGGCCAUCGGUUUCGGCUCAUGAACUGCAUUACACUAUGAACCGGGCUGCAUCAGAAGAGAUGAAAAAAAGGACUUUCUUGCCAUAUAAACAAGGAUUACUGGGAUGCCUAAGGUUCAAUCCUAGUGCUUCUCUGUCUCGCGGAUGA